GAGAACAGGAAUCCCCGGUCCGGCGGGAGGGUGGCGGGACGCGGCGGGCGCCUGCAGAUAAUGCCAUGGACGGGGGGGCUCAGCAGAGCAGCCUCCGGGAGCCCCCCGGACCGGGCGGCGCGGAGCAGGAGGGGGUCCCCAGCGACUGGGACGGGGGCGAGGGGCCGCCCGAGGUCAAGCGCUCGCAGCCCCUCUUCAUCCACGGCAGCAGCCGGCAGCUGCCGGAGGAGGAGCCGCGCGCCUCGUCGCUGCCCAGCAUCCCCAACCCCUUCCCCGAGCUCUGCAGCCCCUCCAACUCGCCCAUCCUCAGCAGCCCGGCCCUGGGGCAGGGCCCCCCCCGCGAAGGCACUUCCCACGUGGUGAAGGUGUUCGGCGAGGACGGCGCGUGCCGCUCGCUGGAGGCGUCGGCGGGGACCACGGCGCGGCAGCUCUGCGAGACGCUGGUGCGGAGGACGCGGGCGCUGCAGGACCACAGCUGGGCCCUGGUCGAGCUGCACCAGCACCUGGCCCUGGAGCGGUGCCUGGAGGACCAUGAGUCGGUGGUGGAGGUGCAGAGCUCCUGGCCCCCCGGUGCCGACAGCCGCUUCGUCUUCCGCAAGAACUUCGCCAAGUACGAGCUCUUCAAGAGCAACGCGCAGUCCCUCUUCCCCGAGGUGAUGGUGUCCAGCUGCCUGGAGGCGAAUAAGAGCAUGGCACACUCCGAGCUCAUCCAGAACUUCCUCAACUCCGGGAGCUGCCCCGAGGUCCAGGGCUUCCUGCAGCUGCGGGAGGCCGGGCGCAAGGUCUGGAAGCGUUUCUACUUCUCCCUGCGCCGCUCCGGGCUCUACUACUCCACCAAGGGCACCUCCAAGGACCCCCGGCACCUCCAGUACUUCGCCGACCUCACCGAGUCCAACAUCUACUACGUGACGCAGGGCAAGAAGCACUACGGGACGCCCACCGAGUUCGGCUUCUGCAUCAAGCCCUACAAGGUGCGGAGCGGCACGAAGGGCCUGAAGCUGCUCUGCAGCGAGGACGAGCAGAGCCGGAGCUGCUGGAUGGCGGCUUUCCGCCUCUUCAAGUAUGGCAUGCAGCUCUACCGCAACUACCAGCAAGCGCAGGCGCGGCUGAGCCAGCCCCCCUGGAUUGGCCCCACGCCCCUGCGAAGCGUCUCGGACAACGCGCUGGUGGCCAUGGACUUCUCGGGGUGCACGGGCCGGGUGAUCGAGAACCCCAACGAGGUGCUGACGGUGGCCCUGGAGGAGGCGCAGGCCUGGAGGAAGAAGACGAUGCACCGGUACAGCCUGCCGGCAGCCUGCCAGAGCUCCCCGCUCAGCGCCGCCAUCCACUGCACCCAGCCCUGGUUCCACGGGCGCAUCUCCCGGGAGGACACCCAGCAGCUCAUCGGCCGUCAGGGCUUGGUAGACGGCGUCUUCCUGGUGCGGGAGAGCCAGCGCAACCCCAAGGGCUUCGUGCUGUCCCUGUGCCACCUGCAGAGAGUCAAACACUAUCUCAUCCUGCCGAGUGAGGAGGAGGGACGGCUCUACUUCACCAUGGACGACGGGCAGACCCGCUUCGCCGACCUCAUCCAGCUCGUGGAGUUUCACCAGAUCAACCGCGGCAUCCUGCCCUGCAAGCUGCGGCACUACUGCACCUGCGUGGCCCUCUGAGCCCGGCACCGCCGGUACCGUGUGGCACGGCCGGCACGGCACGGCUUGGUACAGUCCAGCACCACCAGCAUGGCACUGCUGGGCACAGCCCGGCACCACCGGCAAGGCUUGGCACAGCCUGGCGCCACUGGCACGGCUUGGCACAGCCCAGCACUGCCGGUACGGCACGGUUCGGCACAGCCUGGCACCACCGGCACGGCUUGGCACAGCCUGGCACGGGGCGGCAGGAUUGGGGCCAGCUUGGCGCGGCGCACGCAGGGUCGAGGACGGCUCCUCCACUGCCAGCUGCCCACCCUGCGCCCCGGGUGCCGGCUCUGCCUGCGGGGUCCGGGGGUGCCGGUGCCGCCGGCCCCCCCCCCACACUCAAGCACUUUCUCCCCCCUUCCUGCAGCGCUGGCCCCGAGAGCCCCUGAGUGUCCCCAAGUGUCCCCGCGGGGCCCGGCACUCCUCGUCCCUGGGCCGGGCGGGUUUGGGGGUCCCCAGCCCCAGGAGCGGGGUCCUGGGGGGGGGGUGAGGGGGGGUACCCACCACCGUGUCCCCCACGUCCCCGCAAGGCCAGUUGAACUGUGAUGUGUUUUAUACCAGUGAGAAUAAAGGUUAUUUUUUCA